AUGAGGGUUUCGAUCCUCUUAUUGUCGUUUCUAACGACAAUACAAGCCGUACUUGUACCACCAAGUAAGAACUUGGCCCUCGGUAGACAUAUCACAGCUAGUUCAACAUGUGGAGAGUCAAAUGGAGUACCAAUUCAGGAAUUGUACUGUACCAUUGCUGGUGCUCUCCCCUACAGUCCCCAUAACCCCUACUCCUACAGUUUGUUCAACAAUACUAAACGAGUACAAGAGAUGAGAGCCGAGCACUCUUUCCUCAAGGUUUGUGUUACCGUUAUAUUACAGUAGAUAGUACCAAUCUUUGUACUUUUAUCAUUUUUAAGUCUUUUAACUACAAAAAGCUAAUACAUCUCCUUCCCAACAAAUCUUAAAAAUUAAAAAGUAACAAAAAUAUAAACCCACCUGUUCCAGAACGGCCAGAACUGUGAUUACUGUAAAGCCAACUCCGACCUUGAACAUCCAGCUCACUUCAUGGUAGAUGGCAGUCCUUCUUGGUGGCAGAGUCCUCCAUUGUCCCGCGGUAUGCAGUACCACGAAGUCAACAUAACCAUCGACCUCGGCCAGAAGUUCCACAUCGCUUACGUCUGGCUUCAGAUGGCCAACAGUCCUCGACCAGCGGCCUGGGUUCUGGAGAAGUCUUCUGAUAACGGUACCACUUAUCAACCGUGGCAAUACUUUGCAGCUUCGGCUAAAGAUUGUGCUAGAGUAAGAUCAUUUGAAUUAACAACAAUUUUUGAUUUAAAAAAAUUUAAAAUUUACCAAAAUUGUUAUCAUUAGACCACCAUUGAGACUGAUUUUUGUAAAAAAUCCAUUAGGAACACCUUACCUUUCCAGAUGUUCCACGUCCCAGCCAGUCUAGUGAACAAUGUUAUCAGCGACGAUGAAGAAGUCAUCUGUACCACCGACAACUCCGGAAUCCAUCCGAUGGAGAACGGUGAGAUCAUGAUCAACCUCCUCGAAGGUCGACCAGGGAAGAACAACUUCGGAUCUGCCAAGCUCCAGAGCUUCUUGACAGCUACCAAUGUCCGACUCCGCUUCCUAAAAGCAAACACGAUGUACGCUCAGCUCAUGGACUACAAAAGCCCCAACGAUGCUACAGUAACCCGUCGUUACUACUACGCCAUCAAAGAGAUCUACAUGGGCGGACGGUGUAUCUGUAAUGGACACGCUAAAUCGUGCUCGGAGGUGAAUCCAAACUCACAAACCUUGACUUGUCAGUGUGAACACAACACUUGUGGCGACAACUGCGAUCGAUGUUGUCCUGGAUUCACACAGAAGAAGUGGAGAGCGUCAGGAGAAAAAGAAUUCUUUUGUGAACGUAGGUUUAGAAAGACCAUGUAAAUUACAAUAGUGGAGUGUUUAAAUUUGAGUGAAAUAAGUUUUGAUACCAAUGGAUUUUUGUUCAGACGAAAUUAUGUUUCACAACUUUUUCCAAUAGAUUUUGUGACAUUUCGUUGAUUUUUUUGAUCAAAAAAUUUCUGAAAAUGUAAAAUAAAAGUUUGGGUAAUGAAAGGUUGAUGAGCUUUGACAAAAGAAAACCAUUAAAUUAAAAAAUUACAGAAUGUAACUGUCACGAACACUCUGACGAAUGUGUGUACGAAGAAGAGUUGGACGAGAAGAAGUUGAGUUUGGACAUUCACGGUAACUACGAAGGCGGAGGUAGAUGUUUGAAUUGUCGUGAUCGUACAACCGGAAUCAAUUGUAACGAAUGUAUCGACGGAUUUUAUCGACCAGCUCACAAGUUUUGGAACGAAACCGAUGUUUGUCAACGUAAGUUUUGAUUUAUUUAUAAAUUUGCUACCUAAAUUUUAUGUUUUUUCUGAUUUUUGUAACUAUAUCUUAAUUUUUAUUUAUUUUUAAUAAUUUAAUUGUUUAAACCUAAGUUUUGUGUCUUGAAAAGGUUUUAAUAACUUAAUAACGAUUUGUUACCUAAAAUCAAAAAAUUUUUUCAGCUUGUGAUUGUGAUCCUGCCAAGCAUACUCAUCGUUGUGCUGAAGGCACUGGCAAAUGUGAAUGUCUUCCUCAGUUUACUGGCGAGAAUUGUGACCAAUGUGCUGUGGGCUAUUACCAUCCCCCUGAAUGUAGACCUUGUGAAUGUAACGUCAACGGUACUUCAGACGGGGCUUGUCUGCCAGUUGAUGGUGUAUGUAACUGUAAGGAAGGGUUUGCUGGAGAGUUUUGUGAGAAAUGUGCUUCUGGAUUUACGAAUCUGACAGCCGGCUGUACACCAUGUAAUUGUGAUUCAGAAGGCUCGACCGGAAUCGAGUGUAAUCUGGAGACUGGAGCUUGUGAAUGUAAGAGCAACUUCAUGGGCAAGGAGUGUAACGUUUGUGGGAAAGGAUACUUUGAGUAUCCGGAAUGUAAAUGUAAGUUGUUUUGUAUUAUGGUAUAACUUAAUUUUAUUUAUUUUAAUUCAGUGACUUUUAAGCAUAUCCAAUAGCUAUUUAUGACAAUAUUGUUUUAGUCUGUGAUUGUGAUGCCACUGGAACAGAAGACGAAGUUUGUGAUAAGCAAAGCGGUCAAUGUUUAUGUAAGCCUGGGUAUGCUGGCAGAAGAUGUGACCAGUGUGAUGUGAACUACUUUGGCUAUCCAACGUGCCGUGAGUGUGAUUGUCAUGAAGCCGGCUCCACAUCAGCCAAGUGUAACGAAGUGACUGGUCAAUGUAUUUGCCACACUAACUUUACAUCGACCAAGUGUGACAAGUGUGCUAUUGGGUACUACAAGUUCCCAGAGUGUUUGAGUUGUGAUUGUCAUCCGUCUACCUCAAAGAGCAAAGCUUGUGAUCACGACGGAAAGGUGAGUGUAGUCGUAUUUACUUACUUAGAUACACUCUAUGAUAAUUGAGUCUAAAUAAUGAUUAAUUUGUUACCUAAACACUUGUCUAAUGUUAUAUUCUAAUUUCAGUGUUACUGUAAAGAAAAUAUUGACGGAGACAAGUGUGAGCGUUGUAAGCCUAAGCUCUACAAUUUCCCCUUGUGUGAGGAAUGUAACUGUAACCCUAAUGGUGUGGUUGAUGGAUUCGCUGGCUGUGAUACGGUAAAAGAAGGCGAGCUAUGUUCUUGUAAAGAGAAUGUAGAUGGUCGUACUUGCUCCGAAUGUAAACCUACCUUCUGGGACUUGAGUGUGCGAAAUCCACAAGGCUGUGUUGGUAAGAUGAACUUUACUUUUCAUUUUAUAUUAUUAUGCAUAUAUUGGCAUCAUUAACAAUGUUUAAAAAUUUAAAAUUGUUCUUCAAACUUUUGAUUUUAGAUUGCAACUGUAACAUGACUGGUGUUGUGUCAUUGUUGAACACUUGUGACAUCAAAACCGGUAACUGCUUCUGUAAGUCCUUCGUAUCUGGAGCCAAGUGUGACAGUUGUGCUGAUGGGUAUCAUAGUAUGGAUGGCUCACUUCAGAAUGGCUGUGAACCAUGUGACUGUGAUGCUGGAGGAUCAGUCAACCAUGUCUGUAACCCCCACUCAGGCCAAUGUAGAUGUCGACCUCGAGUGGAAGGUGUGCGUUGUGACAAACCCAUCAAAGACCACUUCUUCCCUACCCUCUGGCAACUGAAGUACGAAGCCGAAAGUGGACGACAAGUCGAUGGAAACAGCGUGAGAUAUGCCAUCGAUAACACAACAUUCCCCGACUACUCGUACCGUGGCUACGCUGUCUUCAGCCCAAUUCAAGACGAGAUCAUCCUUGACAUAGAUAUCAGAAAGGCGUCGCUCUACAAACUUUUGGUCCACUACCUCAACCCGAUCGAGAUGUUCAUUCCAUUGAAGGCUGAUAUCUCCCCUGUCCACACGCAAACCACCGAUACCAACUUCUUAGCUUCUACCAACCUACCGUACCAGGCGGAACCGUCCUCUAUCUUCGUGAAUUCAGAUGACAAAGCUUUUGUUCUGAAUCCAGGAAGGUGGAGAUUGUCGCUGUCGACUCCAAAGCGGCUUUAUGUUGACUAUGUUGUGUUUGUGCCUGCUGAAUACUACUUUGGAUCUACUUUGAAGGCUCCAGUUAACAAUCCGUGUCCAGCUCUUGAAAAUCCAGAUGCACCGUGCAUGGACUACUUGUAUCCUCCAAUGAAGUUCUCGUCCAGAGUAGACAGUAACAAAGACGACAAGGUUAGAACGUUCGACAAGGACGGAGCCAUCAGACAGCUCAAGAAGGUAACUACAGAUGUUUUGCCAGCCAUUGUGGGUCAAGCUGGACUAGUCAAGGCUGAAGACUACACCAGAAAGUUGGAAAUCGAUCUAGAAGUCCCAGCUGACGGUGAUUACUACAUGGUGGUCGAGUACAUCAACCCAAGUAAUGUGACUGCACCACUUCGACUGCGUAUAGAACAAGGGAAUGAAACUCCAUUCAAUGAAGGCACACUUCACAUUGGUCAGUCACCGUACAACGUCUUCAGAAGAGAGCUGGUCACGAAGGAGGGUCAGCACGGUGUGAUGCAUUUGAAGAAAAGCCCUCCCGUUGCUUUGGCCGUGUUCACUGUUCCACCUGGCCUUGAGUUUGGUUUGGCAUCUGUAAACCUGGUUCCAGUCUCGGAAUGGCACGAUGACCUUCUGAAGCAUGCCCCAGUAUGUAUCAGGAAAGACGGAGACUGUAUUGGACUACAGUACCCCAUUCCAGCCAACUCCAUUGCUACACCAGCUGCUUCUACGAAUCCAAAUGAAGUCGUAGCCGGAAACAAGCUCACCUUCAAGGUACACAACGCUGAAGACGUCAAGGUAAUUCCAUUGGAUCCCAACGCUGCUGGUACUGUAGACAUCAACGGAGUCGUAGACAAACCCGAUCACUACGUGUUUGUAGUACACUACUACAACAACGACAACGGUCCUCUGUCAAUUGAGGGAAUGUUCCAGAACGAGAUCUUUGGAAAAGCUGACUUCAAGUACUGCCCAUCGACAGCCGGCUGCAGGAUUGAGAUCGUCAACAUGAGGAAGGUGCCCCUUGAGAACUACUUCUACGUCAAGGACAACUACAAGUGGAGCUUCUACGCCAACAGCAAGCAACGAGGACCUCUCUACAUUGAAUCCAUCACUGCUGUUCCAGUCCAUACCUACACACCCGACUUGUUGAAGCACCAGCCUCUCGACAUGACUUCGGACUUCUUCAAAUACUGUUCAGAUGAACACUUCAAGAACCAUCCUUCCAAUGUCAGCGACUACUGUAGACAACAAGUCUUUUCGCUGACUUCCGAAUUCAACAACGGUGCUUUGCCUUGUGAAUGUAACCCUAAAGGAGCUACCGACUUUUGUUGUGAAGAGUACGGUGGAAGCUGUAAGUGUAAGCCUAACAUCAUUGGAAGAACGUGCGACCGUUGUGCCCCUGGAUUCCACGGUUUCCCCGAAUGUAAACCGUGUAAAUGUAGUUCAAGCGAGUUGUGUGACGAAACUACCGGUCAGUGCUUCUGUCCAAACUACGUCGACGGUAUUCAAUGUGACAGAUGUGUCAAGUACGCCUACGGCUUCGACCCUCUGAUUGGUUGUCAGCUCUGUGGAUGUAAUCCUCAAGGAUCGUUGAAUGGAGAACUCCAGUGUGACUCCAACAAUGGUCAAUGUCUUUGUAAAGAAGGCGUCGGAGGCAGAAGGUGUGAAAAGUGCCUACCAGGGUACUACAACUUCCCUGAGUGCUUAAAGUGUUCUUGUAACACAGCUGGUACGGUAGCUGAAGUUUGUGACUCUCAAACCUCCGAAUGUAAGUGUAAGAAGGGAGUCAGUGGACCAAACUGUGAUACCUGCAAACCUGGUACCUUCGAUCUACAACCCAAUCAUCCUCGUGGGUGCUCGGACUGCUUCUGCUUUGGAGUUACAGACAAAUGUCAGUCCUUAUUGUAUCCUGUUGAAACCAUCUACAUUCCAUCGAACGGAUGGAGUGCCAACGACACAGAAGGUACAGUAAAUGUCGAAGACAACCGUAUUGUAUACGAAACUGGAUCGGAGUCAAGCAGUCGAAACGUGUACCUUGAGCCUAAACUCACGAAAACCGACUUUACUACAUCGUACGGACUUCAGAUGUCAUUCAAGAUUUCCUCUACACCUCAAGAGAACGCCAAAAGAGCUUUGAGCUCAGAAGCUGAUGUUGUACUUGUCUCCGGAGACACACAACUUCAGUUGUGGGCACGAGAACAGCCAAAGGAUCCGUCUGUUAUGUUUGAAGUUGUGGUUACCUUUUCUCCAGACUCCUGGCUUUAUAAGUCGGGAGAACCAGUUACCAGACAAACUCUGAUGAUGGUACUGUACAAGUUGGACAAGAUUCAGAUUAAGGCGUCAUACUACGAGUUCCCUCAGAAAGUCGUGCUGGAAGAUGUUCAGAUCGCUCAAGUGGUUCAACGACAGCGGAACGCUUACGACAUCGUAGCUACAUCGGUAGAAAUGUGCUCGUGUCCUGCUGGCUACACUGGGUUCUCAUGUCAGACUUGUGCUCCAGGAUACUACAGGUUGAAGUCGGAAGACGAUUCCUUCCUCGGAGCUUGUGUACCGUGCAACUGUAACGCCCACGCUGGAACUUGUGAUCCAGACACUGGAAUCUGCAUCGACUGUCAACACAACACAGAAGGCGAUCACUGUGAACUCUGUAAAGAAGGCUACAGUGGCAACGCUACUACAGGAUCUCCACACUCGUGUCUCAUCUGUCCAUGUCCGAACGCGAUUGAAGGUGGAAACUUUGGUAAAAGUUGUUCUAUCAGCCCCACCGGUUACUUGGAACGAUGUGAAUGUAAGGAAGGAUACACCGGUCAAUUCUGUGGCCAAUGUGCUGUAGGAUUCUACGGACAGCCCAUCAACCGAGAACCGUGUAAGAAAUGUUACUGUAACGAGAACAACGACCUUUCCUCUCCUGAUUCUUGUAAUCCAGAAACCGGAGAAUGCAGUAACUGUGAACAUAACACUGACGGACCGUACUGUGACUACUGUCAGCCAUGGUACUACGGUGAUGCUUUGACCAAAACUUGUCAAGGUGAGUUUUGUUGUUAUGGAGGCUUAUUGAAUUGUGACAUUUUGUUAUUUUGACUUCUUAAAUUGUCAUAUUCCUUUAUCUUCCAACAAUUUUCAGUUAUUUGUUUAUUGAUUUAAUAUUUUAGAAUGUCAAUGCGACCAAUGUGGAAGCGACUACUGUGACAACAAGUCGGGACAAUGCCAAUGUAAACCAUUGAUCAUAGGAGAGAAAUGCGACAAAUGUGCCGAGAACUCCUGGGGUUUUGAUGGUUGUACUGGAUGUACACCUUGUGAUUGUGCUGCGGCAGCAUCGAACAGUCAGUGUGAUCUCAAGACCGGUCAAUGUUCUUGUAUGCCCGGUGCUGCGGGAAAACAAUGUGAGACUUGUCAGAACGGCUACUGGGACUACAGUCCUCAAGGCUGCAAGAGUAAGUUGACAUUCAAACUUUUGUCAAAGAUAAAGGACGAGUAGUAUACUGCAUAUUAAUAUUUUUAAACAUAAGUUUAAAUUUGUUAAAACUACUGUAUGGUUGUUAACUAAAACUGUCUAGAAUGCGACUGUGAAGCCGAUCUUUCGAUGGGAACCGUGUGUAACAUCAAGACUGGUCAAUGCCAAUGUCAGGAAGGUGCAACAGGCCCACGAUGUGACACUUGCUUACCCGGAUACCUUCGAAUCCCUGAACACGGAUGUCGUCAAUGUAGUGAAUGUGCACUCGCCUUGAACAGCGAGAUUGACGACGAGUUCUUGACUUUAGAGGCGGCUCACAGAACGUUGGGAAACAUCUCCAGUGUCGCAUUGAAUGGUGCUCGUCUCAACAGAAUUAACAAGGAGAUCAAGAGACUUGAUGUAAGUUGAUAGAGUACGGCGUCUGGCACACAACUUUGAUAUUGUUAAACGUUUGCUUAUUUUUAGCCUCUGGUGGACUUUGUUUCCGAGUUGACGGCCGGAACGGUGGUCGGCGAAAUGAAGGACAAGACCGACGCCCAACGAAACCAACUGGAUUCUGAGAAAGUGAAGGUGACCAGAUUCACGGACAAACUCACAGAGACAGAAGACAAGGUUCAGGCGUUGUUGAAGGAUCUGAAAAAGGUAAAACAAGAUGUGAACGACCUCAUCGGAACAUCCCGAUUGGUCGUGAAUAAGAUCGAAGGCCUCGGAGUGGACAUCAAAGGUGCUCCAACCGAUGAGAAUGAAGAAGAACUGAUAAAUGAAGCCAAGAGGCUGAUCGAACAGAUCAAGAAGAGCAGCGAAGAGUAAGUUUUAAAAGGAAACACCAUAAUCUUUAAGUAAAAAGUACCAUAAGUUUAACAAUUUAAUUUUACAGAAUUGAAGCCCACGACAUUGAAGCGACCAAGACCAAGCUCGAACUGGAACCCGAAGUUGUCUCAUCGCUCAAAGGAAAACACAACGAAAGAAAAGACUUGGUGAUAAAGCUACAGAACAGCUUCAUCAGUCUCAACAAUGCUAGUGCCGAAUAUGUGUCGACUAUUGAAAGCGCUAAAAAUGUGAUCGCAAACGCCAAGAAAGUCAUCAAAGACAUGAAUGUCAACAGCUUCACCAUCUUGUUAGAUGGAGUAGAAAAGGAUAUCAAGAAGAAGAGAGAGAAGCAAAGUCUUCUGGAGAACAGGCAGGAGGAGAUCAAGAAUUCUGUGGACGUUCUGACUAAACUGGGCCAGGAAAUCUUUGAACUAAAGGAAAGGCUACAAGAAGACAAAGAGGUUCUGAACAAACACAACGACAACAACAGUCGCUUCAAGAGAGAGGCUGACAACGACAAGCGAGUUCAACAAGCAAAGGAUAAGGCAGAGGAACUGAAAGAACAAGAACGAAAACUCAAGGCCAUCUACUACGACUCGACUGGAGAUGUCGCCAAGAACAUCGAGGCUGCCACUGUUUACAAGAAGAUCACCGACCUCAUCGUCAGCGCUCAGAACAGUUCGAAUGUCGCUUUGGAAAACGCAAAAACUACCGAAAACAUGGUUAAGAACCUGAAUGAAGAAGUCGCUCAAACCCUGAACAAAACAAACGAAAUCAAACAAAAGCUGAACGGUCAGUCCUCCACUUAUCAACAACGGAUCCACAACUACGUCCAGAAGGUGGAAGAACAAGAAAAAGUGGUCGACAAGCUUCAGAACGACAUUUCAAAGAUUCAAACUCCAGAAUCCAUCGAUGAAUUCCUCAAAUCAGCCGCUGAGACUAUUGGAAAGGCCAAGAAAGACAUCGAAAGCAAAAAAGAAUCCGCCGAUGAGUUCCUACAGAACGUGGAACAGAUCUCAGAAAAGGUCAACGAGACCACUCAACUCUUUACUGACCUCACACAAUCCACAGCAUCAGCCAAGAGCAACUUGGAAGCUAUCAAUCGCGACAUUCCUAAAACCAGUGAUGCCCUCAGGGAAGUGAAGCAACGUGUAGACAAGACCAACAAGGACGUCGAUGACUUGAAGGCCAAGCUGAACGCACUGAAGGAGAAGGUGGCGGCCAUCAGAGGCAAGGUUAACCAAGUCACGGUGGGAGUCAAGUUCGAUCAAGGCAGUGUGCUCGAGCUUCCGUUGCCAGAAUCUGGAGGAGAAUUGAGUAUCGUGACCAAAGUCAAGACCUAUUUUAGGACUAGACGAGACACGGGUCUUCUGUUCUACCUUGGAAAUGAGGAUUCUGAACGAUCUACAGACUUCUUUGCUGUUGAGAUUGACGAAAGAAAGCCGCGUCUUAUCGGAAGCUUGGGCAGAGAUGUUAUUGAUGUUGUAUUAGACGAACUAGUUACUGACAACCAGUGGCGUCAACUCAUCUUGGACAGAAGAGGAAAACAAGUCGACUUCAAGAUAUCCAUUCCCAACAACGACACCGUUUCUAAAUCUGUCAGCGUGACCAUACCCGGAAACAAGAACAUCUUCAACCUGUACGAUGACACUGGUCAUCUUUUCGUUGGAGGCAGUGACCCUAAGGUCAAAUUACCCAAGCAAAUCAAAGCCAGAAACUUUGACGGUGCAGUAGAAGCCUUCCAAUUGAACGGCGAGAACAUUGGUCUGUGGAACAGUGAGAAGCUGGAGAGAGUAAGAGGAGCCGUCCCAAGAACGUCGGUCAGAGAAGAAGGAAAGAACCUGGGCAUUACCUACAACGGAAAGGGAUACUCCAAGGUCGAUGUCGGAACUUGGAAUCCACGAAAGAAGACGUCAUUGUUAGUAUCGUUCAUGACUCAUGCUUCUGAAGGUCUUCUUUUCUACAUUGGCAAAGGAGUACGUUUAACAACUGUCUUUUCAUAACAAUCGGUUAUAUUUUUAAAACUUUUCACUAUAAUUGUAAUUUCAGGGCGAUCAGAUGUUAAUCGAAUUGGAAGGAGGCUUCGUCAAGUUAUCGUUCGACCUCGGCUCAGGUUUGGCUCAAGUCGUGUCGCAAAACAGAUAUAAUGACGGCAAGUGGCACCUUAUCCAUGUCAAACGUGAAGAGAAGAAAGCCAAGCUCACAGUGGAUACCGCGGAUGUAACUGAAGUGGAAUCUCCAGGAGACUCCUUCGAGAUGAGCGUUCCUGAUGCCUUCUACCUUGGAGGUCUGCCCCAAGGUGUGAACCCACGACUUGUAGUCACACCUUACCGUGGAUGUCUCAAGAAUCUCAAGCUCGACAAUAUUGGCUACGUUAAUCUACGGCCUUUGGACGGUACUGGCCUAUCGCCUUCUUGUCCAAGUCAAGAAGUCAGAAUGGCAUCGUUUGUAUCCGGGAAUUCCUUCAUUAAGAUAGAUAACAUCGACUUGGACAAAGAACUUGAACUCUCACUCCGUUUCAAGACCAAAGAAAGCUCUGGAAGAAUCGCUACGCUCACUAUCAACGAUGAAAACGCUCUCGACUUUGUCCUCAACAACGGAGAACUGGAGGUGAGCGUGAACAACGAGAAGAUCGACAGGAAGUUAUCGUUCUCUUCGCCCUUCCCCAACAGAUGGCACUACGUGUAUAUCAUCCAGACCAACGGAAAGCUGAAACUACUGUUAGAUGACGCUAUUUCUGGAGAAAUCGAUUCUGAUCUCAGCGAGUUGCUCCCAAGCCAGAAGGCCGCCAUGUACUUGGGUAAAUACAACGACGACCUUCCAGUAAUUGGAUGUAUUGGAGAUGUCCUUAUCAACAACAAGAACCUCAAGUUCAGCUUCGUAAGUUUAAAAACAUCUUGUAAUAUAUUUUUGUUUCUUUUACCUCUUCAUUUAUUUUCAUCGUUUUAGGUUUGUUACCUAAAAUUUUCUCAAUUACUAAAUCAUAUUAACAUUAACUAAACCACAAAUCUUUAGACCGACGGAAAAGAAGUCCACCUGGCCAGAUGUAUGGCCGACGAAGGUGUUGACUCAUCAGAAGUGGCACCAUCUAAAAGUCCAGCUGAGCCAGAACAAUCAGAAAGCGAAGGUUCAGAUGAAGAAGACGUGGUUGAAGAACAGCCAAAAGGAAAGUCCAACCCAAGACCGCCAGGUUCAUGUGCCUUGCCACUCGAACCUCAUGGAGAGCGGGAAGAUGUCAGAGGAAUCAGAUUCGGCUACAACCCUCAAUCUCGCAUCGAAUUCAAAAAGUUACCUGAUUCCCACCAACGAAACCUUGUCAUCAAUGUCCAGCUUCGUGCAAAUGCUGCCAAUGGUGUGAUUCUGUUUGCUACAAACGAAAAACACACCGAUCACGUCGCUUUGUAUCUUCUGGAUGGCAAAGUCUGCCUGUCUUAUGGAGCCACGAACGCCAGGGUAAUUUUCAAGAUUUUGUCGUUGAAAAUAUUUUGAGACGAGUUGCAACAAUUGAUUUAAAUUCUGUUUGUUUUUUAUUUUUACACGAAAAGCCGAAAAGUUUUAGUGAAAUUUCGUUUUUUCUGUUGUAUUUUGAAAAUUUGAAUUUGAAAUUUUUACAUUUAUGAAUUUCAGCUUAUUAUUCAAAGUACUGACAGUAUUUUGGACGAUGAAUGGCACAUUGUGAGGGCCGAGAAAGAUGGAGCAGCUGCCGUCUUGUUUAUAGACGAUGAACAAGUUGCGCACGAUGAAGUUGAGAACGCCGAGAUAAUCAACAUUGAAGCACCGUUGUACGUUGGUGGCGCAUCGAAGAAUCUUCAGAGCUUCAUCGGCCGGCUACUACCGGGUGUGAAGUCAGAAUUCGGAGGAUGUUUGAGGGACCUCAAGAUCAACAACGAAGAAUACUCGGAUGAUUCAGGAGAGAGUCACGGUGUCGUGCCUUGUUCUCAGCUCUCAGAAAACGGUAUUUUCUUUGGGAAGGAUGGCGGCUACGCGAUGUUGCCAGAAUUUGUCGCCAACAAACAGUUCAACUUCGAGAUGGAGAUCAAGCCUCGUUUGAAGACAGCCGUCUUGCUGUCGGUCGGUGUUCUGGACUGUGUCACGAUUCAAUUGGUCAACGGAAGUGUGAAGCUGACCAUUGACGAUGGAGCUGGACCCAUGACGGUGAUCUACGCUCCGCCUCAAGGAAGCUCCAUCUGUGAUGGAAAUUGGCACAAGAUCAAGGUUCUGAGGAAGAAGAACAUCGUGACAUUGAAUGUUGAUGGCAAGUCCAACUUGUUGAUCAUCAAGAAGAAGGCGUUGACUGACACCGCGUUGAAGGACCCUAUCUACUUUGGUGGAGUUCCUAAGGAUAAACGCCUUAAAGGCCUGGAUACAGUUGGUAAGUUAGGCUUCUGGGUUCACAAAAAUGUAAUAUUCGACAUGUUUGCUGUCACGAUACACUAAUUGUUACUGUAAUACAAUGUUUUAUGACAUACUAACAUUUACCAGACGCUUUUAAAAAUAACUGUAACAACUUCCAGAAUCCUACGUGGGAUGUAUGAGAAUCGCAGAAGUGACAUCGAACCCGAAACGAAGACGUCGUGACCUUGACGUCAGCGACAUGACUUUAUUCGGCAACCUCGACCGCAACAGUUGUCCAUUGAAUUAA